CGUUUAAGUGCAAACUCACGUUUCUUUUUUAUCAGUGUCAGUGGAGCGUGUACAUUGAAUAUGAUAAUGAAACUACAAUAGUGUAAUAAUUCAGUUUAUACUGUUUAUAGGUAGUAUUUACAUAAGCAUAAUGCUAUAUUAUAUUACAUAUUUUCUAUUUUUCUACAUACCUCUCAGCUCAAUGGAAUUAUAUAACUAUAGAUCAUUAGAAAAUACUAACAUUUUGGGUUCCUACUGAUUUUAUCGUAAUAUUCACAAUAUUUCAGUUUGUAAAAAAAUUAUAAGCAUACAAUGGUUGUGCAUUAUUAAUGCAAUAAUGCAUAUAAAUAAUUGUAUAUUAAUUUAAUCGAAAGUUACAUAGUAGAUAUAUUAUAUUAUAGUUAGAUAGAACAAUCAUUGCUUAUUCGUGUUAAUAAUCCAAUUUAUAUUAUCAUGCAAUUGUAAAGAAUACCCAGAAAAUAUUCAAACAUGGAUGAUCAAUUAGAUAUUAUGUUAGACAAUACCAAUUCAGAAUUUAUUACCUUAUCGUAUGCUGAUCAUUCAUUGGUCUCUCAUCCCGAACAAUUAUCUGACGAGUGUACAGAUAUGAUUUUAGACCCAGUUCAUUGUCAAAAUAUUAGUACCAUGACUCCAUUAAAUGAUUUGUUGUUGGGACAAACAUUCUUAAUAGAGACUAAUGAACAACCAUUAUUUGUAAAUGGCACAGAGUUGAUUACAUUCCAACAAAUCGACUCUAAUGGACAAAUAAAUGAUAUCCAGACUAUUUCAAAUAAUGUUGAUUCUGAUAAAUCAACAAUUGAAAAUAUUAAUUUUACUAUGAAUUCUGAUGACCAUUUCCAAGAUAUUUAUUCAGAUCUUAAUAAAACCAAUUUGGAUAUAAUGAAAACCACAAAUGAUAGUAAUAACUUGAAAGAACAUUUGCAAGUUACAAUCAACACUGAUAUAACUAGUGGGAAUUAUAGUUAUUCGACUGCUAUUAAAAUUUUAGAUGAUGUUGCUAAAAGUCCUGUCGAUACUAAUGGUCAUUUUGUUUGUGAUUUAUGUUUACAUGAAUUUUACAACUGGAAAAAUUAUAAGAAACAUAAACUAGAACAUUUAAAUGAUAAGCCAUUUAAAUGUUUGAAAUGUUUGAAAUCAUUUAAUUAUAAUAAUAACUAUUUACUUCACAUUGCUUCUCAUUCAACAAGUAAUUUGAAAUGUCCAAAAUGUAAAAAAGAAUUUAAACGCAUAGCUAGCUUUAAGGCUCACUUAAAAAUUCAUAAAACUGAAGAACUGAUUACAUGCAAUAUUUGUGAUAAAAUAUUUGACAAUCAGUACCGGUUGGACAUUCAUAAAGAAAAUUGUAUGCAAGAAUAUAUAAUUAAUCCUGAUGAAGGAACAUCUGUUGCUUGUAUUAAAACUUGUACAGUUUGUAAUAAGUCGUUUUCAACUAUACCAGAAUAUAAAAUGCACAUAAAGGAACAUAGAAAAUUUGAUUCAGUGUUGAAAAAAUAUCAUAAAGUUACUUCAAAAUUAAAAAGAUUGCAUAAAACAAGCAAUAAAGUUAAAAGAUUUAAAUGUGAUCAUUGUGAAUGGUCAUUUAAUAAGUCAAAUCUUUUACUUCGUCAUAUGAGAACACAUACUGGAGAAAAACCAUUUGAAUGCUCUUCUUGUUCAAGAUAUUUUACUCAACAAAAUUCAUUAAAUAGACAUCUGCUGAAACAUAAAGGAAUACGACCAUUCAGAUGUGAAUUCUGUGAAAUGAGUUUUUGUCAAAAAGGCCAUUUAAUUAAUCAUAUGAAAAAAUGUCAUGCUGUUACAAAAGAAGCAACAAGAAUUCAUAAAUGUUCUAUGUGUUCUUGUGUUUACAACAGCAUCAAUGCUCUUAGUAAACAUAUGAAUGUUUACCAUGGAUUAAAAACUAAAGAAUUAGAUAAAACUGUUCAAAAUUAUUUAACAAAGAAUAUAGAAACAGUUGAUGAUGAAACUAUACAUUUAAUUAAAGAUCCCUCAAAAUUAGAACAAUGGCUUGAAGAAGUAGCUCAUGAAUUGCAAAAUGGUGAUAAUAAUACAGAAUUAAAGGAUUGCAAUGAUCCAAUUACUACUCAAUGUGAAUUUGGAUUAAAUCUAAUUGAAAGUGAACAUUUUGAUCAAAUUUUAAGCCCGAUUUCUAAUAUAAAAACUAGUGAUCACAUUGACAUUGAAAACUUGACAUUUUCUCUUGCAGAUGGUCAAGAUUAUAUUAUUAUGAAGAAUAAACAAGAUCAAUCAACAAUCGAAAAUGCUAUUGUCCAAACCCAAGAAAUGGAAUUAGUUACAACUGCUACUGAAAAUGAAUCAUUAGCUUUAAAUGUCGUAAAAGAAACAACAAUAAAAGAGAUGGGACCUGAAAUGACUACUACAGAAAAUGAAUCAAUACCAUUGAGUGUUUUAAAAGAAACCACUAAAAAGCUUCCUUUAAGAAAAAAAAAAUGUGGUGAUAAAAUAUCUAAAUUGGAUUCACAAAAGAUUGUCCAAAAAAAAAAAAAUGUGCGCACAUUUAAUUUGAAAAAGAAGAAUAGUAUUAGUAAUGAAGUUAAGAAAAGUAUAAAUCAUGCAAGUAGUAAAGCUGAACCAAAAGUUUUAUAUGUACCAAAUAUAGCUACUAAUUCAGCAGAAAAAACUAUUAGUAUUGUAAGUUAUAAGUAUUAUUUUACCAUACCAAUUUUAAGAAUUUCUUUAAAUUUGUUUUUUAAAUAUAGACACAAAAAACCAUCGCCAAAAGUGUGUCAGUUCUGUGAAAAAAUAUUUAAAAAGAAUGCUGAUCUCGAAAGACAUGAAAGAAUACACACUGGUGACAAACCAUAUAAAUGCGACCAACCAGAUUGUAACAAAGCAUUUGCCACUAAGAGUUCACUUGAAUAUCAUAUAAUUACUCAUUCAGGUAAGAUGAAAAGAGCCGAGUGCCCUCAAUGUAAUGGAUUAUUUGCUACCACCUCAACUUUGAAAGUUCACAUGCGACAGCAUACAGGUGAAAAGCCAUUUAAAUGUCCUGUAUGCGGGGAUGCAUUUCGAACAACUGGGCAUUUACAUACACAUGUGAUAAUCCAUGAACGAAAAAAAAAACGCAAAUAAAAGUAUGUUAUUUCAUCAGAUUAAAAUUUUGUAAGAAUAUACUCAUUACUGAUGGUCUUGAAAGUAAACACUGGACAUAUUUGCCUUCCAACAUGAGCAUUAAUUCUCUUGAAUAGUUUUGUUAAUAACUUAUUUUUUUUAUUAACCAUCAUCCAUCAGUAAAUUAUUAUAGCCUCUUCUGAUAUCCAUAAACCAGAAAUAAUCAGGAAUUAUUUAGCCAGUCCUAUAACUGGUUUAGGCAGAAAAAACAUGAAACAUAUUUAUCAAUAUAUAUAAUAUAUUAUUUCAAUAGAAAAUUUAAGAUUUUAUAUUUUAUGUUUAAAUAAUCCAUAUGCAAGUAAUAUAAAUAAAUAAUGAAAAAAAUAAUUUAAAAAUUUAAGAAUUUAUGCAGACAUAUAUCUAAUUUAUAUAAAUGUAUAAUGUAUAUAUUAAUGUAUAAUAUAGCCGCUUUUUGAUAAUUUUAUAUGAUUAUAUUCUAUUGUAAUAACUUUUUAUAUGUUAUAAGGUAAUAUGUUCCUACUAGCUUAAUCAUGAAUUAUGAUGUAUGUAUAAUAUGUAUAAUGUAUAUGAUAGACAACAGUCUUAAUAUCUUAAUUCGAGCCCUUACAGAUCAAAAAUAAUAUUUAUAAAGUUAACAUAUACGCUUACCAAUGUAAAAGUGUAUACCUAUUAGCUAUAAUUGUAUUGUGUAAUUAUACUAAUAUCUUAUAAUUUGUACGUUAUAAAUUACUCUUAUAACUUAAAACUAUUCAAUAUCUUGAAUCUUCCUCUUAUUGUCUGAAUUGUAACUAAAGAUGUAAUUUACGUAAAUUAGUAAAUGUAUACAUUUUA